UCCAGGGGCGUGAACAUGAGGCACAUCAGGACCAUUGAAAGCUGAAGUGAUAAUCCAGGUAGUAUCUGUGUGAAUGAAAUCAGACUACCGGUUUAAAGACAUGCUCUUUAGAGAAGGGUGAAGGGAGCGAGAAAGACUGAGCAGGGGACAGUAGGAGGGAUUGAGUGAGAGAGAAAGACAGAGAGAGAAAGAGAGAAAGAGAGAGGGUGAGCGCGAGAGAGGGGGCAAAACAGUUUACAUCAUUGUUCCAGAACCGUCGUCAGCGGGCUGGCAGGGCCUGGCAGUAGCAGAGUAUAUAAGCUGGCCGUCGGGACAAAAAACAGAUUCCGAGUGGCUUGUGGGCAGUGGCUUCCUUCGCACCUUCUGGAGCAGCAUGGACGUGACUAUCCAACAGCCCUGGUUCCGCCGCUUCCUCCCCUCCUUCCUCCCCAGCCGUAUCUUCGACCAGCACUUUGGGGAGCACAUCAGCGAGAGCGACAUGCUGCCGCCCAUCCCCUCACUCUACUAUCCCCGGGUCGCUGUCCCGCGCUGGCCCAGCUGGCUGGAGAGUGGACACUCUGAGAUGCGGAUGGAGAAGGAUCGCUUCACAGUUAGCCUUGAUGUGAAGCACUUUUCCCCUGAGGAGCUGUCAGUGAAGAUUAAUGGAGAUUUCAUCGAGAUCCAUGCCAAACACCAAGAACGUCAGGUGGACGAUCAUGGCUUCGUGUCACGGGAGUUCCAGAGGAAAUACAAACUCCCAGGCGGGGUGGACCCAGCCAGUAUCACCUCCUCCCUGUCCACAGACGGUGUCCUUACCGUAAUCGGACCACGGAAGGUUUCCGAUGUCCCAGAGCGGAACAUCCCCAUCACACAUGAUGACAAGCCUGCUGUGCAGCAGAAGUAGAGCCUCUAGUGCUCCUGCUUGGCCAUCCACUGAGCUCUACCCAUCUCGGCCCCUAACAUGCCCCUCACCUGUUUCUCAUAUUUAUAUGUAGCUAUAGAGAGCCUAUAGCUGGUUGCCAAAAAUUAGGGAAAUGAACUGUAUACUGUAUGUCUACCAAGUCUGAAAUCAAGAGCCAUAGGACCACAAAACCAAAAUCCUGUCAGUAUUUUUUUUCAAAGACAAGUUCUCAAAGCCUUAAAGACUGUAAACAUUGCUACCCCAAUCUCAUGAAUGACUUUACUUUCGGUUACAUUUUUCUUUUUAUUUCAUGUGAGGCAAAAACUUGUACAUCUUCCUCAAAUGCAGUGCCCGUACCUCGACUGAAAUAUGUGGUGAGAGUGUAAAGGGCAUUAGGGAGCAUUGGACAGAGGAGGACAGGCAUGACAUGUCAUGUUGGAGGAUGUGGUAGGCCUGAAAGGUGAGCUGAAGUGUGAGAUAAUGGUGAAAUAAUGAGAUAAUGGUGAAAUAAUGGAGAAACACAACUUUCCCCUAUUCUGAAAGUACGGCAAUUAUGAGAUCAGGACCUAACUGUUCAAUAUGAAUUAAUAUAAAGCUAAAGUUAAGGUUGACUGAUAUUGUUUUACUUGUUCAUUCUGAGUUUAACAAGAAGUAGCUCAAUAUCAAACUACAUAAAUGAAUAAUUAGCUAAUUAUUGAGAAGUACUUACUCUAUCACUUGUCUCACUGCGUCCAUAAAAUGCAUGAGUCCUCCUCUAUGUCAGUUAUCAGGCUGGGAUACCAGAACUGAGAGCUACUACUUAAUAGUGAUUACACAUUUAUGAUUUAGCUACAAUUACAGUUGAAGAUUCUGUAAAGGUGAUAUGUAAAGGGAAAGUGUCUAUCACUGUGUCUAAAAUGAUAUGGACUAAAGAUUGAUUAAAUCUCAAAGCAAUAUUUGGCAUUUUAGACAGCAGUGUAACAAACUGGUUUGGAUGAUCUAACACCUUUGGGGCAGAAAAAAAAUUAUUGAGUCCAUUAAAAGGGUGUUUAUGUUUUAAAAUCCUUAUUUUACACACACCCAAUGUGUUCAAAAAGACAUAACAUCACCAAGAUUGUCCACAUUUGAUUCAGUCUCUUUCAAUUUGCCUCAAUCACAACUUUAAAAUAUAUUAUUACUGAUAUAUAUUUAUAUGUAAUAUUUAUACAUUUACAAAAAACUAAUAUUGGUUGAUGAAAGAAAAGCCAGUACACACGUAACCCUUAAUAUCUACAUCCCUUUUGACUUUCAGCUGAGGGGUUGUUCUCUUUCAUUUUGCUUGCUGAAACAUUCCUUAUAAUAUUAACUAUUAACAGUAAUUAUGAGUGUGUAACUACUAUCCAUAUGCAUAAUAAAAAAGUCUCACUAUUUAAAAGCA